AUGAAAGUUGAUCUCAUCCCGGCUGAAGUGGACUGCAGUUUCGACCUCGCAUUGGUCUUAUCAACACCCUCAGCGGGAUUCGAACCGCGAAAGUGCAGUACGUUUGCCCAGGCAGUAUGCGAACUUAUCGCUGAUUCUUCCCACCUCCAGUCUCCUGUUCAUCAAGCUUCUUUAGAAGAGGAUGUCCACAACCUCCCUGAUCUUCCCUUUCCUGAUGGCGAUGUGUUCAGCUGUCUCCGAUCUUUCCCAUCAUACAGUGGACUUGGUACAUCAUCAGUGAGUUUUGCCAUUCUCCACACCAACCUACGAACUCGUCAAAGAGACAAGUUAAGUCAAUCCCUCGGCAAACGUUCUGCCGAAGACGGUUACCCUAUCACUUGGUGCGGAACUGAUGAUGCCGACUAUGACGCCGGCGAAACGUCUGAGAAUGUUCCAAGUCCAUUGUCUGAUGCUGGGAAUUAUGACAACUACUAUGACAGACGACUUUGGGCAAGGUUCAUUCUACUAAGUCGCCCUGACAGCAAGACCAAGUUGCGACAACGAAGUUGCAGUUCUAAAGUUAAGAGUGUCAAAAUGGAGGUCUUCCCUACUGACACAAUUCUCUUCAAGCCGGGUGACUCGAUAUCUUGUCGGGGCACUGAUAAAUCCGAAUGUUUAGAAACUGAUUAUGAGCUGUUUCUGUCGGAACCAUUGUACCAUUAUCAAACGCCUAUCGUUUACCGGAUCCGUUCACAGUCCACGCCGCUUAUUUUAAAAAGCAGUCACUUCGGACCUCGGUAUGUUGCUUGCUUCCAGAAAGGCCUGGCAAAACUGAGAAACGGCUCAGAUUCUGAGUACAGUUUGCCUUAUCCUGCCAACUGGACGAUCUACAUCGAAGUUAAGCCAAUCGGAAUGAAAAUCUACGGCAACAAACCGGUCCUCUACCCUUUCGAUGAGUUGACUUGUGAUGGUGACGCCUAUCCUUGGCCAUACAUCAACUGGAUUCAGAUAGCGGGACCUGGCAAGUUGUUGAUCAAGUCAGAACGCCGACUCCUCGUGCAGCAGAAUGAUCAAGCUGGAGUGUAUUCCUACAUGUGCCAACUGUACAAUAGGCAUGGAUUUUCCCAGCGUUAUGUACGCUUCAGCCUAAAAAACGAUUAUCGCUGGUGGAUGGACAACGACUCUUUCGCUAUAUUCGUUUCUGGUUUGAGUCUGACGUUGGUGAUUCUACUAAUGGUGCUCGGUUGGGCCAUAGUCUGUUCCAAAGGCUCUGCACGAGUUUUUGGAGGAUUUUAG